AGUAAUGAUAAUAAUCAUCAUCAUCAUCAUCAUCAUCAUAAUAAUAGUUCCUCUUCCUCUUCGUCUUUCUUUCGUUCUUCUUCCUCCUCCUGCGCUCCCUCUUUUGGCGUCCUUUUCAUGUUAGAUUAA